CCUUUCUUCAUAAUGGGUUCGUUGAGACGGUGAAGUCUCUGGAAGAUUUUGCUGGGGGAAGAAGUAAUUAGGGGUUUCAGAGUGAAAAGAUGGAAACUUUAGGUUCAUCUGAUUGCAAUUUAGAGAUUUUAGAAACUCUCUCAGAGGAUGCGAUUCAAGAGAUUACUGAAAGCUACGAUGGGUUUUUCACUACUGUGGAGUCUCUCAUUGCCGGCACAGGAGAUUCCUCAGUUGAAGAUGAGUUUGUGUCUCAUGUGUAUUGUCUCUGCAAGUACGGGCUUGAGUCUCUUGUUCGUGACCAUUUCCUCAGUUCACUCGAGCAAGCUUUUGAGAAGGGAGGUGCAUCGAGUUUUUGGCAUCAUUUUGAUGCUUAUAGUGAGAAGAAACUUACUAAUUGUGGAGAGGAGAUUCAGGUUGUGUUAUGCAAGGCUUUGGAAGAGAUAUCUAUUGAAAAAAAGUAUCAUGAGAAGUGUCUGUCCAUGUUGGUUCAUGCUUUGCAGUCGUUUAAAGAACAGUCAUCAGAGGAUAGACAGAACUCAGAUACAGAGAGAGCUAAUCUUUUUGUGAGAUUCCAGUCAAUGUUGUCUUCAACUUUGAUGACUACUCUUCCUCAGCAUUUUCCUGAAAUACUCCACUGGUAUUUUAAGGAAAGGCUGGAAGAGUUAAGUGCAAUCAUGGAUGGAGAUGGUGAAGAGCGAGAGGAUGAUUGCAUGGAUUUGGACGAAAAGUUGAGAUAUAAAAAUGGAGAAAUGGAUGUUGAUGAAGGUUAUGCCCAAGGGAAACGUUUGGGACAUGACAAGUUGGUAAAGAACAUUGGGAAAGUGGUCCGUGAUCUUAGAAGCAUUGGCUUUACAUCUAUGGCUGAAAAUGCUUAUGCUUCUGCCAUCUUUUUGCUUCUUAAGGCGAAAGUCCAUGACCUGGCUGGUGAUGAUUACAGGACUUCUGUUUUGGAAUCAAUCAAAGAAUGGAUUCAGAUAGUCCCUCUACAAUUCCUUAAUGCACUUCUUUCUUAUCUUGGUGAUUCUGUAAGUUAUGGUUCUGCAUCUUCUGACCUCACGUCCCCUCUGGCUUGUUGUCCAUCUCCAAGCUUUUCCAGAGUGGUGACUCCUUCCGAAGGAAUUGUUAGAUGGAAAUUACGGCUAGAAUAUUUUGCGUAUGAGACACUGCAAGAUUUAAGGAUAGCCAAAUUAUUUGAGAUCAUUGUUGAUUAUCCUGAGAGUUCUCCUGCCAUUGAAGACUUAAAACAGUGUCUUGAAUAUACUGGGCAGCAUUCUAAGCUAGUUGAAUCUUUUAUUUCUUCGCUGAAAUAUCGUCUGCUCACUGCUGGUGCCUCAACCAAUGAUAUAUUGCAUCAGUAUGUAUCCACUAUCAAAGCCCUUAGAGCAAUAGACCCAGCUGGUGUAUUCCUGGAAGCAGUGGGUGAACCAAUUAGAGACUAUUUACGGGGGCGGAAAGACACCAUUAAAUGUAUUGUUACUAUGCUUACUGAUGGAAGUGGAGGGAAUGCAAAUGGUUCUGGAAACCCUGGGGAUAGUCUUCUUGAAGAAUUAAUGAGGGAUGAAGAAAACCAAGAGAAUGCCGGUUUUGACGAUGAUUUUCAUACUGAUGAUAAGCAAGCCUGGAUCAAUGCUUCCCGUUGGGAACCAGACCCUGUUGAGGCUGAUCCUUUAAAAGGUAGCCUUAGUCAGAGGAAGGUAGACAUACUUGGAAUGCUUGUUGAUAUAAUUGGAUCAAAAGAGCAAUUAGUAAAUGAAUAUCGUGUUAUGCUCGCGGAAAAGCUUCUUAACAAGACUGAUUAUGACAUCGACACUGAGAUACGCACUGUCGAACUUCUCAAGAUACAUUUUGGAGAAGCCAGUAUGCAAAGAUGUGAGAUCAUGCUGAACGACUUAAUUGAUUCUAAGAGAGUCAACACCAACAUUAAAAAGGCAACUCAAGCAGGCGCCGAGUUAAAAGAGAAUGAGUUAUCUGUUGAUACUCUUACCUCGACAAUACUUUCAACAAACUUCUGGCCACCAAUUCAGGAUGAACCUCUAGAGCUACCAGGACCUAUUGACAAACUGCUAUCAGAUUAUGCCAAUCGGUAUCAUGAAAUCAAGACCCCUCGUAAACUACUUUGGAAGAAAAAUCUUGGCACUGUCAAGUUGGAGUUGCAAUUUGAAGACAGAGCUAUGCAGUUCACGGUCUCCCCCACACAUGCAGCCAUUAUAAUGCAAUUUCAAGAAAAGAAAAGUUGGACCUCUAAAGAUCUUGCUGCAGCCAUUGGGAUACCCAUUGAUGCAUUAACCCGAAGAGUCAACUUCUGGAUAAGCAAGGGAGUCCUGAGAGAAUCUACAGGAGCAAACUCGAAUUCCAAAGUGUUAACGCUCGUUGAAUCCAUAGCUGAUUCUGGAAAGAACGAAGGCGAGGAGCUUCUAACAGGCGAUGAGGAGAGUGAAACAUCGAUUGCUUCUGUGGAAGAUCAGCUUCGCAAAGAAAUGACGAUAUAUGAGAAAUUCAUCAUGGGAAUGCUCACAAAUUUUGGUACCAUGGCACUAGAACGAAUCCAUAACACUCUCAAGAUGUUUUGUGUUGCUGAUCCUUCUUAUGACAAGUCCCUGCAACAGCUUCAGAGUUUUCUUUCUGGUUUGGUUUCCGAAGAGAAACUAGAGUUUAGAGACGGAAUGUAUUUGCUAAAAAAGUAGAACAACUCUUUUCAUGUGUUAAGCUAGAACUAAUUCUUUUUGUCUUUAAUUUGUAUCAAGAUCCUUGUUCCUAAAAGAAUUAGUGCUAUGUAGUUGUUGUUACCUCAGGGAUAUGUAAUGAUAUAAAUAAGGGAUUUGAAGAAAUGAUGUUCAUUUUGGCUCGGUCAAUGAAA